CCUUCAAAGAUCAGACGCAUUCAACCAAAACAGUAGCCUGUUUAAAUUGACGACAAUAGAGUGAUUUCCCUUUGACGUUGUUUACAUUGGAAGCAGCGACAUGAUAUUCCUGCAACCACAGAACAGAAAAGUACGACGGAAAAGAACCCCGCCGGCUGAAACAGAUGAAGGACUCUGUAUGGGGAUUCUACAGACAUUGUUAAAUCUGGGAUUCAUCGUUCUUGUCUUUCUUAUCGCAUCCUCCAGAGGAGAUUGGAUUGUAGACAUUGUUAGGUAUUUCCAGAGUAGAGACAACACGACAAACGCUUUAGUAUUAGACGCUUUUAUCCCCAGCAUUCAGUGGCCGGAAUUUAAAAGGGUCCAGAACCUCCCGAAGUACCUGCUGUAUUCUGCCUUACUGUCCGUCGUGUCAUACAACAUCUUGACAGGUCUGUGGGCGUGGCUCUUCCGUAGUGGUAAACAGAGGCAGGGAUAUGGAGACAUUGAAGAAGAUUCUACUAUCUUCAAUGACGUCAUUCUUAGCUCCUGCAACGUUGCGCUGGGGUCCGUGGUCUGUGCUUUAGUAUCUUGGUACACCCCAAACAAAGAAUACACGCAGAUAUAUAAUGACGUGUCAACUCGCGGAUGGAUCUAUUUUUCUGUGUCGAUUCCUGCACUUUUUCUAUAUCACGAAAUCCUGACGUACUACCGCCAUCGUAUGCUUCAUUCAUCCAUAUUAUAUAGAACUGUUCAUUUUUGGCGUCACUGGCCUCAGCAGACGACAUGGAGUUUGAUGGUGAUGCACCCAGUGGAAUGUAUCGCUUUGUUUAUACAAAGUAUCCUGCCAAUCUACCUGUUUCCAAUUCAUAUCGCUGUGUACCUACUGAUGACAACAUAUUCUGUAUACAGCGAUCUAAUGUUUCACAGCACCGACAAUAUGUUUCAGCAGAUUCAUAGAAGAUAUAAAAAUGUCAACUUUGGAGCCAUUUCUGUACUUAUGGAUUGGGCGUGCGGGACACUGAGGCGUGAAACAUACGACGGGUCGUUUUAUUUUGAUCCAAGAAACUGCAAUGAGGGUGCGUCUUACAAAGAGGAUUAGUUAAACGACCUAUCGUACAUAACAUUUGCGUGACAAAUUGCGAAUUGCUAGUGACUCGGUGUGACGUCUUAUGCAGUAUUCAGUUGUGAAUAUUUGUUUGCUUUGCGCCAUGCGGUAGUUUUGAAUGACAUUUUGUGCAUGGAUUUCAUUUGAUAAAAUUGGACGAGUCGUACAAGGCGAAAUAUGCUGUUUAUAGAUGGUGUAGAAUUACUGUUCAAUAGCCUAUUGUCGACAUUUCUUUGCUAUUAGACUGACGUCUCAAUUUCUUGACCGACACUGCUGCUUGCUAAAGCAUUUAGGAUUCGUAUCCAGCGAAACGCGAGAUCGGAGUAAUGAAGAACAACAUAUUUAUUUUGUUGAAAUUAAGAACAAACUGUUUUUUGAUGUAUUGGAAUAAAUUUCAAGUUUUACACACCUGA